AUGAGUAACGGAAUCGCCAAACGCCAACGCACCAAGGGUUCAUCCGCAUCUGUUCUUCAAAGUCUCGCUGAGUCGGAGAAUACUACCAUGAAAUGGCAAGAUUCCCCUGAGGGUCUCAGCCCUGACUGGAUCUUUUCCAAUAACUCAAACGUGCAUGUAUGCAACGAUCGGAAAUGGUUCACCGAAUUGACAACCUUCCCAAGCACCGCAUUGGGUCCUCUUGCUUCUCAAGGGGUUCCUGUAUCUGGCGUCGGAGUUGUCAACUUACCUGUCAAGCGAAGCCCUGACUCCAGGGGACCAGACGCCCAUCACGUUCUUCGCCUCACAGACGUGCUUUACAUGCCUUCAUCCGUGUGCAACAUUGUCGGCUCACCAAUCUUUGAAAUCGCGGCCCAAGUUAGCCUCGGCGCGACGGAGAACAGUAUGGGCGGUAUGAAUGAUGCAAGUGGCAAGCCGGUUGCCUAUUUCUCUCCCCAUAGUGAGCGUAAUUGCCUUAGACUCAGCGGACCUCCCGUUGGUCCAAGACUCGGACCAUCCAAGUUUAAGCCUGAUACGGCUUACUGGUUGACAAUUAAAUGGCCGGCUAGCGAGAGGGCACGGUGGGAAGCUCACGGCCAACAAACCAAGGCAGACACCGAGAAGCAUCAAUGGGUUGGGGAGCAGCCAUACACUACGGAGGAGAAGCAGUGGCUGAAAAAGCACUACGGAGGAGAAUUCAAAUUCCUCAUGGCGUAUGAAUUGAGCAUCUAUAAUGAAGAGGACCGAGCGGAAGGCCGAGCUAUCAUGCGAACGCUUGCAAGGGAUGAUGACAGUACCGACGACAAUGAUGAAGAUGAUGAGAUGGAAGCAGCAGACGAAGAGGAAGACGAAGAAGACGAGGAAGACUCGGAUCUAGAAGGCCAUCUUGCUGAUUACCACUUCAAUGAAGAGGAAUUGGACUGGAUCAAGAAGCACUAUGGAAAUUCUGCAAACUUCAUGAUCUCAUAUGGCUUCAAAUUCUAUGACGAUCAAGAUUGCGCAGCUGCUAGAGGCCUGGUUAAAGAUUUUUUACGCGAAUAA